AUGACGUCGCCUGCGAACCAGCAGACCCCGAUCCCGGCGACCACCACCAACGCUCCUACGGCACCUUCAUAUGCCUCCGCAGCAGGUGCGCCAAAGAAGCCCGCUCAGGCGCCUGUAGUUGCGUCCGGCUCCAACGCCCCCCUGGUGGUCGGCUCGUCUGCCCCUACGGCUUCGGCACAGAAUGCCAAGGCUGCCUCUUCGCCAUCUCCAGUGAACGGCAAGCAGCCCGUCCCUCCUGCGGUCCCCACCGUCGCCCGCAGCUCCUUCAACGGCUCCGGCCCCGAUCACUUUCGAAAAGGCUCCGUCACCAUGGCUGCCAACGGCCCCAGCGGCUUCGUCCCCAACGGCGGCUCCAUUGCCGGUGCCAAGUCGGGCAUCCAGUUCGGCUACGACUCGCCCGCCAUGGGCCACAGCACUCCCCACGUCGGCCACUCUGCGCCCAUCCCUGUCCCCGAUGCGAACAACCACCACCGAGUGCCUUCGCCCGCGCACUCUCCGGCCCCUAUCCCGCAGCCCUCCGCUAGCGGUGGCCGACCUCCCUCUAGCCUGCAGCAGCCGACCAACCAGAUGACCUUUGGCAGUCUCGGCAGCGAUGGCGAUCGCCACAUGAGACAGGGCUCCGUCCCCCCGAACCCGAACCUGGCCAACCAGUCAGGCGCACACUUCCGCCGCGAGUCGAGCCAUUCCGUGCAGAGCGACAGCAGCCGUGGCAACUUUGGUCCUCAGAACAACCGAAACCGAAACUCGUUCAACCCGCACGCCACCCAGUUCAACAACCAGAUGGGCUUCCCUCCCCAGAACCAGUUCCGAACUCCUGGCCAGAACCGCGGCAUGCCUCCGUCGUUCCAGCCUAACCCUCGAGGCUACCCGAACUCGCCCCAGCCCGCCCGCAGCCCGGCCCUCGCCAACCUCGUGCCCUCGCUCCCCGGCACCCCGAACAUGCCUCCGGCGACGAUGCAGCCUAACAUGGCCAUGCCGAAUGCUCCUGCGUACCACUACCCGCCACCGAUUCCGGCUUCUCACCAGCAACAAGUACAGUACCCCUUUCCUGCAGUAGCCGCCAAAAUGCAUUCCAAGCCCAGUUACAAAAAGUCAAAGAGCCGUCGUGAGUACGACAGGCACUUUAGCCAGGGAAGUCCCUUGGACACCGCACAUGACGCCCCUACCAGCGCCGCUUGGCCGCAGCAGCAACAGCAGCAGCAGCAUCACCAACGCCGCUUUGGUAGCCAAGGCCAGCGUGCAGAUACACAGUGGCGUGCCCACGACAAGAACAACAUGCGUCCGAUUUCGAGUGGAAUUCAAAAGGACGGCCCUUCCUCCCCCUCUCUUCCUCUUGUCGACGCUCCACUCAGUCACCCAAACUCGCUUGAUCUUUCUCCUGAAAACGGAGGUUUCGAACUUUGGCUAACUUGGAAGAAUCAGACUUACGGUUUCCCCCCGCAGCAGAUGAACCAAUAUGGCCAGCCCAUGACCGUGCCGUACUACGGCGGCGCCAUGCCCUACAUGGGCCCUCCCCAGCCCGGCGCUCAAGCUUAUAACCAGCAGUUCGCGCCCCCUACUUUCCACCAGCAGAGCCACAGCAUGUCCCGAACGCCCUCGCAGCCUGAGCGACCUGCUAGCGCCAGCCAGCCCAGCCAGCCGGCCAUUGUCUCGUCAAACCCCAAGGCUCUCAACGCCCAGGCCAACCCCAACAGCUUCGUCAAGCCCAGGAAGAGCGCCGCGGUUCAAAUUAAGAAUCUUGCCGGCGAGGUGGUUGAUACCUCUACUUUCAAGCAGCCCGCUUCUCCUGUUCCCGCCCAAACUAGGACUCCCCCCGUUAUCGCGGCAUCCACACCGCCUCAGCAGAAGCUCGACGCGCCCAGCCAUGCCCGCACCGACAGCCAAUCGCCCAGCAAGACAGCCAAGGAGAUUCAGGAAGAAUUGAAGGCCAAGAUUCAGGCUGAGAUUCGCGCUGCUUCAGAAAAGGCGGCGAAGCAGGAGGCCGGAGCCAAGGCCGGAGCCGCUGAGGACGCCAGCGCCAAGAAGGCUGAAGCUGCGGAAGCAAAGCCUGAGGCGACACCCGACGUCAAGCCCGAAGAGCCAAAGGCCGAGCCCGCCGAAACCAAGGCCGAGGCAAAGGCUGAGCCCCAACCCGAGGCCGCUGCCAAGGCUGAGGCGCCGGCGCCCGAGAAGGCGGCUGAGAAACCUGCCGAAGAGCCCGCUGAGAAGGCAACUGAGAAGGCGGCCGAGAAGCCCGCUGAGACGCCCGCCGAAGCUCCCAAGGCUGAGGAGCCCCCUGCGAAAUCGGAGGAGCCCGCCAAGAGUGACGAGCCAGAGGAAGACGAGCUCGAGCGCAUCAUUCGGGAGAUGGAAGAGGCCGAAGCCAAGCGCGAAGCUCAGGAGGAGGAGCAUCGUAAGAAGAGGGAGGCCGAAAAGGCAGCGCAGAAGGCCGCCGAGGAGGCGAACCAGAAGAAGAAUGCCGAAGAAGCGGACCGCAAACUGCGAGAGCAGGAACGCGAGAUGGAGCGACUUGAAGAAGAGAAGGAGAGGCGACGUGAAGCCGCCGAGUCCUCCGGCAAGACCCUCUCCGUCGCUGAAGCUCUGGCUCAGAUGCGUAGUGGUAACGCCCCGGACAAGAAAGACGAGCCCGCCUCUGUCGAGGCCGUUGCCGACAAGCUUGCCGACUUUAGCAUCGCCGGCGACAAGUCUGGCGACGCUGCCGGGCAGAAGGAGAAGCGAGUUGCCAAGCCCGCCGCCCUCAACCUGGCGCCCAUCAAGACCAGCGCCGUGGAGCCUCCCCAGCCCAGCGCCGCGCUGCAGUCUCUCAAGUCGGCUCGUUUCCUGCAGGUGAUGGACCAGGACAUCUACCCCGAGGGCAUCAAGUCCCCCAACCCGGCUCUCAACGCCGCCGUCGCCAAGAAGGGCAAGACGUUCAAGUACGACGCUGCCUUCUUGCUCCAGUUCCAGAAGGUCUUCACCGAGCAACCUUCGCUCCAGUUCCACCAGCAGAUUAAGCAGCUGAUUGGCGAUGGCGACGGCAACCGCUCUGCAUCGCGCGGCCAGACGCCCAGCUCGGCCAGACAGGGAUCCCGCGGAGGAGGCGGCUUCCCCGGCGGCUCCUUUGGUGUCCCCGGUGGGCGCACUCUGCCUCCCGGCACCACGUCCGCCGACCGCAUGGCCAUUGCCAGCGGCGCCCUGCCGCGGCCGCAGGUCAACCCGAUGGCGUCGUUCCAGCGUCCUGGCGCUGCCUUCCCUGCCUCGUCGUCCAUGUCCCGUACCUCUUCCCAGAACAUGCGCAACAACCUGCCCAACUCCCCACGCCAGUCCAGCCGAUCCACCCGCGGCAGCCGUCGCAACGACAUGGCUGCCAAGGAGGCCCAGGCUGCUAAGACCAUGCCUCUCACGGCCGGCCAGGAGGUCAAGCCCAUCACCGUCUCGGCCUCUGGAUGGAAGGCCAGCAGCCUGGGUAAGGCACCCUCUGCCGCCACUCCUCAGCCUGGCCAGCUCAUGGACCCGGAAAUGGUUCAGCGAAAGGUCAAGGCCGCUCUCAACAAGAUGACUCCGGAGAACUUCGAGCGUAUUUCGGAGCAGAUCCUGGCCAUUGCCUCGCAGUCCAAGGAUGAGACGGACGGCCGGACUCUGCGCCAGGUCAUCCAGCUCACCUUUGAAAAGGCCACCGACGAAGCCCACUGGGCCUCCAUGUAUGCCAAGUUCUGCAAGCGGAUGCUCGAGACCAUGAGCCCCGAUAUUCGCGACGAGAACAUCAAGGACAAGAACGGCAACGUGGUCAGCGGCGGCAACCUGUUCCGCAAGUACCUCCUCAACCGAUGCCAGAAGGAGUUUGAGCGUGGCUGGACGACCAACCUGCCCGAGGCUCCCAAGGACACCGAGGAGGGCGAGAAGAAGACUGGAGAGGCGGCCAUGCUGUCUGACGAGUACUACGCCGCCGCCGCCGCCAAGCGACGAGGCCUCGGUCUCGUCCAGUUCAUCGGAGAGCUGUUCAAGCUGGGCAUGCUUACUGAGCGCAUCAUGCACGAGUGUGUCACCAAGCUUGUCGAUUACAAGGGAAUGCCCGACGAGGCCGAGAUUGAGUCUCUCUGCAAGCUGCUGCGCACUAUUGGUGCCAACCUCGAUGAGACGGACAAGGGCCGUCCUCUGAUGGACAUUUACUUCCAGCGUAUCCAGGGAAUGGCCGAUCUGCCCGAGCUUCAGAGCCGUAUGAGGUUCAUGCUUAUGGAUGUUAUCGACCUCCGAAAAGCCCGCUGGGUCUCGAAGGAGGGCAACAAGGGCCCCAAGACUUUGGAAGAAGUCCGCGCCGAAGCGGAGGCUCAAUCAGCUGCCAAGGCUCAGGAAGCGGCACGAACGAGCCAGCGUGGCGGUCCUGGUGGUGGCCGACCCCCUGCUGGACGCGGCGAUGCUCGUGGCUUCUCCGGAAGCUUCAACCAGCCCAGCAACCAGGUGGGCAUGGACGACCUCCGACGUCUCAAGGGCUCGUCUGUCAACAGGACGUCAAGCUCCAACGUCACCCUUGGUCCCACAUCGAUGCUGUCCUCUCGUAGCAACAGCGGACGGCGGUUCGGACCUGGCGGCGCUCUCGGCCGUGGUGGCGAUGACUCCAACAGCUCGUCUCGCGCUGGAACCCCCGGGCCUACAAGCUCCAAUGCCUUUAGCUUGCUAGCCACUAUGGAUGAUGGCCACCCGGCCUCCCCCCCGUCUGCUGGACCCUCGCCCCUCAUGGCCAAGGCGGUUCCCGCCACGGACAAGAAGGACAAUGAAUGA